CAUUUUAUCGAUAUUCGCUUUGUUAUCUUUCCUUAACCACAAUUUUUACGAUUUUGCUAUUCAGUAACCCAUUUCAUUACGAAAAUCGACAAGACAAAAUCAGCUGUUUGGUUAACCUGUCGAUUAUCGCGAACUAAACGACAAUAAUUUUGGUGUUGUUAAAUCAAACGAUAAAGAAGAAUUAGUGAUUUUAAUCAAAACUGUGAAAUUAGAUGAAAAAAAACUUAUUUAAAAAGCGUGAGUAUGGCGUUUGAGUAUUUGGCUUACGAUUUAUCGCGUGGAGAGGAGGAAGUGAGCCCUCAAAUAGUUGAUCGAAGUUUGCUCCGGCAUGUGGACAAUCCUUUCGAUUUGGAUGCAGGGGAGUUCCAGAAGUUAUUCCGUUUAACUCCAGACUUGACUGAGGACGUAGUAUCGCAGCUUGACAGCCAUCUUAGAGGUUCCAGAAUAACAGCGAUUUCGACUGAAAAACAGGUUCUAGCUGCACUGCGAUUUUUUGCAACCGGGUGUUAUCAACGACCCGUAGGUGAGCAAUGGGGAAUAUCUAUGAGCCAGUCGUCCGUUAGCCGUAGCAUUCAUCGGGUAACAGCUGCAAUCAACAGCUCCAUGUUUUGCGCAAAGGUGAGAUUUCCCAUGACCCAAGUGGAGCGGCAAGCGGCAAAAGAAAUUUUUGCUUCAGCAACCUCCCCGUUUGUAGGAGGUACAAUUGGAGCUAUCGAUUGCACGCACGUGUCAAUUUUGGCCCCGAAACGUCAUGAAGAAGCGUAUGUCAACCACCACGGCUACCAUUCGCUUAAUGUCCAAAUGGUAACAACAUAAUUUGUAAAGUAUUCAAGAAU